GUUUAAGGCUUGAGGCUUUGUAUAAGUUGGAUGUUCGCCGAAUAGUCUCUUAUUCUCAAUGUACAAAGAUUUUUUACCACGCAGCUGUUUACUUUCAAUGAUUCAAAUCUGCAGUCGGCUUUGUUGGUCGCUCUUAUAAAUGGGCCUGCAAUUAGUCGCUCUAUCGUAGUUGCGGUUUGGUCGGUUUCUAGGAAUAUCAAUUUGAUUUCUUUCUUGAAUUAAUUGUGCAUUGACCCUCAUUUUUUUCUCGCCGUUAUUUUUGUGCUAAGAAAAGAUGUCCAGAAUAUUAGAAGAAUCACCAAAUGCUCAAAUCAACAAAAGCAUCUUGCAACGUUACAUUGAUUUACCAGUAAGUGAAAAUAUUGUUCUAGCCACUUACGUCUGGAUUGAUGGUACUGGUCAAGAUCUAAGAUGCAAGGAUAGAACAUUGGAUUUUAUUCCAAGUGGUCCUAAAGAUUUGCCAAUUUGGAACUUCGAUGGAAGUUCAACUGGCCAAGCUAAUGGUACCAAUUCAGACACAUAUCUACAUCCCGUAGCUAUUUUUAAAGAUCCAUUCACACGAGGCAACAAUAUUUUAGUUAUGUGUGAUACAUACAAAUAUGAUGGUACACCUACCGAAACAAACCAUCGCAAGACUUGUUUGGAGGCAAUGAAUAAAUGCACAGCUCAAGAACCAUGGUUUGGUAUUGAACAAGAAUACACAUUACUUGAAUUCAAUGGUCAUCCAUUGGGUUGGCCAAAAAAUGGGUUCCCAGGACCCCAGGGACCUUACUUUUGUGGUGUUGGAGCCAAUAAGGUUUUUGCCCGUGAUAUUGUGAUAGCUCAUUACAAGGCUUGCUUAUAUGCUGGCAUUAAAAUCGCUGGUACUAACGCUGAAGCAAUGCCAGCUCAGUGGGAGUAUCAAGUAGGACCAUGUUCAGGCAUUUCAAUUGGCGAUCACCUCUGGAUGUCGAGAUUUUUGCUUCAUAGAAUCUCUGAAGAAUUUGGCAUCGUUGUCACCUUCGACCCUAAACCAGUGCCAGGAAAUUGGAAUGGUUCUGGAGCUCAUAUUAACGUAUCUACAUUGAAGAUGCGUUCAGACGGUGGAAUCAAAGAAAUUGAGAAUGCCAUCCAAAAGCUUUCCAACUGUCAUGAUCGUCAUAUUCGUGCCUACGAUCCUAAACAGGGUAAGGAUAACGAACGUCGCCUAACUGGAUUGAACGAAACUAGUUCAAUCAAUGACUUUAGUUAUGGAAUUGCUAACCGUAACAGCUCCAUUCGUAUUCCACGUAGUGUGAGUGAUGAUGGUAAAGGUUACUUUGAGGAUAGACGUCCAAGCUCUAAUAGUGAUCCUUACUCCGUUUCUGAGGCUAUCAUUAGAACAAUAUGCUUGGAUGAAUAAAAACAAAAUUGUUGAGCGGGUCAACAAUAAUAUAGCACAGGAGAAGGCAUUAUUUGUAUUCAUGCGCGUGUGAAUCGCGUGUGUGGAAAAUACUAAUUUAUAAACAUUCUUAAAGUUGUUAUAAUAUUCUCGUUAUUAAAAAUGUGUGUUCAAUUUUAUUUCUUUGCAUGGAAUAUAAAUAUUUAACUUGUAUAACAAAA